AUGUCACAAGUCCAGCAAUAUUGGCUACCAGGCUAUGGUCUCUCGAGACAUAUUGUGCUGGGCCAUAUCCAGUAUUUCCUUGGACCAUCAGCGACUGUCAGACCCUAUACUUACCAGGUAAACGAUUAUCUAGAACAAAUCAAUGAUCUGGCCGCCAUGUCACGAGAGUAUGAACGGCAGGAAUCCCUUCGAAUGACGGGGGAUGUCCUUUCACCCCAUUCCUGCAGAGAAUCAGAGCCUUAUAUCAACGAAAUAGUACCAGUGCGUGCGUUUGGACAUCGCAGGCAGCCCGUUGAUCAUGGAGGGCGGCGUGGGCGAUAA